AUGGCGGGAUCACCGGUGGGCAUGUGCCCUGAGAAGCCCUCCUUGGUCCAGGAGGAGGUGUGGAUGAGGGCCCUUGCAGAUGUCAUGAGGCCACAGGGCCACUGCAACACUGACCACAUGGAGAGGGACCUCAACAUUGUGGUUCAUGUCCAGCAUUACGAAAACAUGGAUACCCGAGCUCCCAUAAAUAAUCUUCACACUACGCAGAUGAACAACGCAGUGCCCACCUCCCCUUUGCUCCAGCAAAUGGGCCAUCCACAUUCAUACCCCAGCCUGGGCCAGAUCUCCAACCCCUAUGAGCAGCAGCCGCCGGGCAAAGAGCUCAACAAAUAUGCGUCCUUGAAGGCGGUCGGAAGUUCUGAUGGUGACUGGGCAGUGGCGACACUUAAGUCACCAAAAGCCGACAAGGUCAAUGAUGACUUCUACACCAAGCGACGGCACCUGGCCGAGCUGGCCGCCAAGGGGAACCUACCUCUGCACCCGGUAAGAGUGGAGGAUGAGCCGCGGGCCUUCAGCCCUGAGCACGGGCCCGCCAAGCCAAAUGGACAGAAGUCCCGCACCAACAAGACGCCCCCGCAUCCUCUGGCCUACAACUCCACCACCAACUUCAAGGGCUGGGACCCCAACGAGCAGUCUCUCCGGCGGCAGGCUUACGGUAACAAGGGCAAGCUUGGCAUAGCCGAGUCGGGCUCCAGUGACCCCUUGGGGACUCGCACCCAGCACUACCCACCCCCACAGCCAUACUUCAUCACCAACAGCAAAACAGAAGUGACUGUCUGAGCUUCCACUACAGGGAGCAUCCUGGAGACCAUACUCAACUGAGAGGCAAAAAAUAUCCCUGGCCCACACCCUCCCUGCCCUCCCCGACACGCUCCCCCACACCCUGACUCCCCACACCAACCGACCAUAAACCUGCUGGUGACGCGGAAUCACGCUUUUCUUGGGUCAUGCCUAACACGUGUCGGCGGGCAGCUGAGCAAGGCCGAAGCAGGGACGGUCAGCACUACAGCAGAGGGGAAACUGAGGCACGGCUCUUUCAACUUCGGGCCCGAGGUGGCCAACUCACACGCCCAAACCGUGGGGCUGAGUUUUUCUUUUCCUCCUGACUUAAGACUGAAAUCCAUGAUGACGAAUUAAAAGUAGCACAACUUAGAGAAAUUGUCCAUUUGAGCACAUAUACCAUUUACCACGUGCUGUCUGUUUCCAGGUGAAAGAGCAGAGGGUACGAGGAGAGGAGAGCUUGAGGGUGGACACAGGAGUGUCCUUGAGAAGGUGAAUCCUUCGGGGAGGAAUCUGUGUGCAUUAUAAGUGUUUUCCAAUCCCAAGAAGCAGGGACAUGGACACACAGUUUUGAUGAGCGUGAGACAGUAACUGGACCCCAGCCCUUCUAUUUAUAGUACUUUUCAUAUGUCAAUGUUGGAAGCAAAAAACAACACACAGUUGAACUCACAAAGAAUAAAUAAGACCCUGAGCCCACCGACAGCGAUGAGAAAGAAAGAACGUUUUAGAGAAGUCCCACAAAGACCAUGACCAUGGACAUGGGAAGAAGCUUUCAUGGCGGGGAGAGGGUCCAGAGAGUGUUCAAUAACGUUUUUCUUAAAAAACAAAACACAAAGAUAAAUGAAUACAAGCCCACUACAAAACAGACAAAAACAGCAAAUCAAUUUUUGUCCCAAGUCCUUGAGACUUAGGAAACGAACACUGGCGUCAAGAACAAGGACAACAAAAUUCGCAGUUGAAAAGCCAAUAAGAGGUGAGAAGGGAACCCUCCAUGUCCUGCCUCGCCUCCGAGACAAGAAACACAGAAACCAGACCUAUUAACUGUCUCUCCCUGACUCCCCUCAGCCCUUGCCGCCGCCGCUGCCAAAUUUCAGCUGCUUUGGACUGAAAAUGUCAUAAGCGUGGGUGGUGCCUUCAAUGUGUUACUGUUUAAUGACAGUCUUGUUUCCCAAGUGCAACCUGUGUUCUCUUAGCCCCCCUCCCACCUGUUUCCUGCAGUAAUAGAAGAUGUUUCUAUCCUACCAACCCUUUGUUGGUGAGCCCACCCAUCACACACUCUGAGGGGGCUGCUGCAAUGUCAGGGGUACCUGAAGAAGACCCCCCCCCUUUACCUCCCACCCUGUCACCACCAGUCCUACCAUUGUCUAGCUCCUCAAACCUUUCAAGAACUUCUGGCUCUCACAUUUCCCAUGAGCCCUCCAAACCACCUCCCCAGAUACUUCCAUGAAUUCAGCUCCCACUCAGAAUUCGCUGAGGUGGUCUUUCAGAUCUGUUCUUAUAGCCAGUGGCUCUUGGGUAUCCCAACACAGUGUCCCUGCUAGUUCUGUUUGUUUAGUAGACUCCCAAAGAGGAGAGGGGAGAGAAAAGAGAUUUGGAUUUUAGGGGAGAAGUUUUCAACCAGUCCCUAAUGGCCUUAGCCAAUUAAUAGGAACCUCUGAGAGACACCCCCCACCCCAGCUCUUGUGGCUGCACAUGGUGGUCCAAGGAGACUCAGACAAUUCCUUUCAAUGCCUGAGUGCCGCGUUCUGCUUCACCCGUCUCUCACCUCUGGCAUCAUGGAAGUAGGGAAAUCAGGUGUGUUUCCACCUUCUCAUUCCCAGCUGAUCUGGUGACAUUGGCAAUGCAUGUUAUGUCUCUGGGCCUUCGUCUCCCAUCUGAAACAUAGGGAAUUGAGGCUAGAUCAAGCUUUUCAAGGUUUUUGAAUAGCAAGGCCUUUUCCCAUGUAAAAAAAAAAAAAAAAAAAAAAGAAAGAAAUUGUCCACAGAAGCCGCUAUUGAAGAUCCUCAUUUAUAAAGUGGCUCUGUGCUGAACAAAACAGAGCUGGUCAAUGGCGGGGGAUGGGGGUGGGUUGGAGAUAGGAGAUAUAGCACCCACUUUCUCAGCCUCUUUGCUGGGAUCCCAGCACUCCCCAGGGUGGAGUAAACACCGCCAAACUUGGUCAGUGUUUCCUUGAUGUUAGUUCUACACGUACUUCAACCUGCUUCAGGCAUCCCUCUGUGUCACCCUUGCGGUAUCUAAAUGGAUUCAUUUUUUAAUACCUUGAACUUUUAAAAGGAAACUCUCUGUCAUCAUUCCGUAUAGAAAAGCAGUAUUGAUCACCCUAAAUAGAAAAGAAGGAGCAAAACAAGCAAAAGGCAGCAAGCAACAAUUAAGCUCUAGCUAGAGCUCUCGCUAGAUAAUGUUGCCUGUGGGAGGGUCUGACUAUAGAGCCAGGUUUGGGGAUUGCGCCCUCUCUUUCCUUCUCACCUUCUUCUCUUUCCUUUUUUUUUUUUUUAAUUAAAAAGAUUAACAGAUGUUAAAGAGCUCUUAAAAAUCUACCAGCACCUAGGGGAGACAUUGCACUCCCAAGGGACUCCAUCGGACAGACUAAAUGAAAAGGAGCCCAUUCUCUCUGUGACUGGGUGUUAACCCAUCCUAUAUCCAUGUGCUACUGCAAAUUAUUUUGCAUUCAUGAGUGGUGCACAGCGCAUAUGUCAAGAAACACCGGGUGGGCUUAUCUGGGAGGUUCGCCCCCGCCCCCAGCUCGACAGUGCUGGGAGUUUAGUUUCUUUCUUUAUAGUUCAUCUUGCCCCCUGCCCUCAACUCACUUGAUCUCACUUUUAUCCUGAUGCCGAUUAAGGACCUUUCUUGGUCUCUGAAACCACAGAAAUUCCCUUUUCCUCCAUGUUCCUUCUCUUCUGAGUCAACUCUAUUCAGUGAAUUGUGUGCAUUGGGGAGUUGGGUAGGAAGGUGACAGUGUGGUCAGUAAGAUAGGACAGCAGACGACUGAGAAUGUGACUUCUGCGUCUCAUUACCUUGCAGGUGGCUUUGUGAGUGGUGACCGUUGAACAGGGAUGUUUAUUCUUUGGCCUCCUCUAAGGAGGGUGGAUCAAACUUAGGGUACUGAGGGGACUCUGGCUGCCAUGUAUCAGCAAGAAUCCUUUAGCUACAGGGGGGACCUUGGAAAAUAGAAGCCAGAACAAAGCAGAGAGGCUCUCCCUGCCCCAUCCCGUGCCCUGGCGUUAGCCUCUACUUUUUGCCUUUAGUUAAUGCCCAACUCCCAACCCAUCAGGACCAGAAUCUGACUUCCCUUUGCCCUCCCAGAACAUCUCAGCCUCCAUCCACCUUGGGCUCUGCCUGGCACCCCCACCUGACUCCCCCCAGUUUUCCGUGUAAAUGGAGCAUAUUUUAUGUGCGAAUAUUUUAGUAACUUUAUGUUCUGCAAGUAAACCUGUGUUAAUACUUGUCAACACUGCAGAGUUUAUGAUACCAGUAAUACUUCCUACAAUGAAGAAGAAAAAAACCACAUUUGUUUGUUUUCUAAGAAUGUUUAUUUGUAAACAUGUAUUCACUAUAUUAAUAUGAAUUUCUUACCUGGCAAUAAAACUGAUUAUAUGUGAUA